CAAGUAUGAUAGAGUAAUCUCCCGUGGUAAAAAUGUAAACAGAGAAAUAAAUUAUGAACAACAACAACAUGUUUAAUGUAGACUAAAUGCCUUCAGACGAAAAUAAAGUGACAGUUAAACACUCAGAUAAAAACAUUUUGAACGCUUUCCAAGUAUUUGUAGAUUCAAACUACCGAUAUAUUCAGACUGGCCUGUAUGUAAUCGGCGGAAUCAGCAUUAUCUACAUUGCAAGAACUGUUCGUACAACCACAGUUUUUCGACAUGUGAGUGACAUCCCAGAGGAGUAUGUCCAGAAGCAGGUGCGACUGCAGGGUCAAGUGAAGAAAGUGGACGACGAUGGCGUGCUACAUGUUCAACAUGUGCCUAUUCUUCGCAUACGAAUACCAUUCAAGAAGGAAAGUGCAAUAGGCUCACUACCCCUGCAUUUGGCAUGUAUAGACAUUGGUCCAGAGGGUCGACUUUGGUUGCAACAACAUGUACAGGAGAAAACUAUUUGGUUCCAUCUUAUGCAUCGCUCCAAGCAUCUAAACCAUUAUGUACUGCACAGUAAGGUGGAGAUACCUAAGACAUUCGGUAGGAACAUCCAUGUCAACGAAGAGCUUGUUAAAAAAGGUUUGUGCAAAAUCAGCCAGCUCUCUGACCUGGAGGGAGCCAAAGGUGUAUCAACCAAUCAGAACAUGUUACUAUAUUUAGACAGACUGGUCAAAUUUGAGCAUUAUGCAGCCAGUAAAAGACUAGGAAUGUGGACACAGUCUGACAAACUAUUAAAGAACCAGUCUUUGCCUCUUAAAGUGAUUAUGGCUGUUUUAAAAAGUCCAGUUACUUUGAUUAAAUGGUUAUAUCGAAAAAGAAGAACAAAGAGGUGACAGGCCUUUUCAUGGCGUAUCUACAGGUCUGUUAAACAGACCUAUUCCCAAACCAAACUUGUAUAAAUAUAUUUUCAAAAGAAGUUGCCAUUUCCCCCCAAAAUAGUUUGUUUAAAGAAGUGUCUACUGAUUCUUAUACUUAAAUAUUAUUUCAAUUACACCUAAAAUGCUAUAACUAUAAUAUGUAUGAUUUUGUUCUCCUAAUUUGAAUUAUUAUAAAGAGUUAUAUUUAAUUAGUUUACCCCAAUUAGUGAAAUUUUCUUUCAAAAGUAACCCAAUCCCAGAAUGUUUUCCCCGAUUGGCAAGGCAAAGGCUUGGUUGACUUUGUCAUUUGGAAGUUUGUGACAUUGAGAAUUUAGGGUUGACUAGAUCUACCAUAUUUUGAUAUAUAUGUGCUUUGUUGCGAAUAAAAUUGCCUGUCAGAUUUUUAAAAUACAUGUGUGUGAACUAGGUAGAUGCCUAACUGUUUUUGUCAAGCCCACAUGAGUGAAGUUUGAUAAAGCUUUCAUAAUGGUUAGGUUUGUGUGCGUGUGCUAGACAAUCUUAGCGUGUACGGGCUCACUGUAACAUCAUUUAUCAGGCAUUUUGACAAACCUUAUGUUGAGGAGAAGGUCAAGUUCACAAUGAAAAUUUAAAAAUAAAAUGUGUGCAUAUUA